AUGAAGGUGAUUCUUGUGGAUAGCAAUCUUGGUUUGGUUAGGUUAUGGCGUCAGAGAUUCAAGGACUAUAAACAUGUUACGGUCUAUUCAUGUUCUUUCAUUUCCCUCGAUAGUCACUUACAGCAAACGACAAGGACAUCGGCUGUGGUAUCGCCCGGAAAUUCAUUUGGAUGGUUGGGAGGAGGCUUCGAUUUGGCCUUGAAAAAAUAUUUUGGCGGUUCAAGUUUUGAACAGUUCUUUAGAGAUAAGCUAGGUCAGCUAUAUAAACCAGUGGGCGCGGCGACCGUUGUGGACUUAGGGAAGUGGCAGCGUGGUACAUUUCGAUAUAUAGUUCAUGUGCCAACAAUUGUAGCACCGUCCCGGCCAUUCUACGUUGAAGAACGUCCAGUGGAAACUGGUUAUAACUUGGUCUUCAACGUGACAUGGAAUGCUUUGAUGAGUCUUCCUGAAGACGUCGACACCUUGGUGAUUCCUGGCUUGGGCACAGGCUAUGUUGGAGUUCCGGAGGAGGUCAGCAGUAAGUCCAUGGAGUUCGCGAUACGUUUGUUUUUCGCGCGAGACACCAUUUCCAUCGAGCUGAUGAAUGCGGUCAUUCAACAGUUUUUGGGCUAUCGCUUUGAUGGCUUCAUUUCAAGGAAAUGUUUGGACGAGUGUACCGUAGUGGGGAUUGACCACAAGGCCUUAUUAACAUAUAAUGUCUGCAAUGAUCCGAUAUCAAACCUCCUGCCUUCGGAUUCACUCCUUGGUAGAACGACGGAUGCGUACCAAGUAGAGCGCUAA